AUGUCCAAAGUAGGAUUUACAGGUCUUCCCCCGCUACAGGAAUCUGGGACGGUUCACGGUCACCACAAUCCAUCACCCUUUCCACUUCCACAGAAUCUUCAAGUCCAUCCGACAUCGUCGAAUCCGAAUCCAUCAACAACAGGGUCUUCCGCAAAGCAGCAAAACUAUGGUUUGCAUCACUUGGAAACUAAUUGGCCAGGUGAGACAGGCAAUGGUCAUCACUUGGAUGUUAUCCCAGGAAAUGGAAAACAGCUGUUGUGUUUGGAUGGACAACAGCGGAUUACUACUACCACACUCUUGCUGGCUGCCAUUCGUCCUCACUGCCGAAGGGCCAAUAUGGGAAGCACCGUGAGCAAGAUUGAUGGUUUGCUUUUUGGUGGUCCCGAGAAUUCUGAGAAAAUCCAUCAAUGGGCUCAAAAGCAAGCGGCAAGCAUCCUACAAUCGGCACAAGAAAGUAGUGACGUGUCUACUGACCAAGAAAUGGUAUCGUUGGAAUCCUUUACAACCGGAUGGUUACCACAAAGUACUACAGAAUUCCAAACAACGCUGGUUCCAUCCUAUAUCGAUAGGGCUGCCUAUUUUGAAAUUCUAAGCUUGGAUCCGAUUCAACAAGCCCUGGAAGGCCUCCUUGCAAUGGAGGAGAACAAAGACAAGGAAUCAAAGAAGAUCCAUCUUGAAUUUUCUAGUACUACAAAAGAAUCGACGCAGUACAUGACCUACUCGACCUUUUUGCAACUUGCUAAAAAUCUGCUCAAGCCAGCAUCUGCAAAUGGAGAUUUCAAUUCCAACGUACUCUCCAAACUCUUUUAUAAUCAGGUACAUCGCUUCUCCAUGACCUAUAUUGAAUUGCUCACCAAAAACGAUAACUUGCAGCAAAUCUUUUUGUGGAUGCAAGAAAAGUCUGUCUUUGGAAGUGGUCGUCUCUUGUUCAAUCCUCAUCCAGGAAUCGAUUUUGCGCCAGUGGAUUUGGCCCGCAACUGGAUCAUCUCGAGUGCCAUGGAUCUUCCUCUGCAAGAACAAGUGGAAUUUUAUACCCGUUGUUGGAUCCAGCCAUUGGAAGGACGCUGUAAAGAUACAGGAGUAUUGGGCGAUAUUCUGUUGCAUUUGGUCAAUCGGAUUGACCAGGAAUCCAAGGGCAAGGAUCGCCAUAUUGGAAGCAUGGAAGAAAAGUUGAACUACCGGUACUAUCGCUCGGUAUCGCCUCCUGCCCUCCAACGUAUGUUUACCGAUGAGAUGCCCAUGAUGGUCUAUGGCAGAUUCCAUUCCUAUGUACAAUGUAGGGCAACACAACUAGGAAGUGAUCCCGAUGUUAUCUCCCGUCAGUUGGCUGACGUGAUUGUCCAAGAACUCGUUCAGGAGGGAGAGAAGAUGGAAGUAUUAAUGCCGAAUGCAUAG